AUGGCAAUCAAUGAAUUGGAAUCACUUGGAUUAGAUCCCGAAAACUUGAGAGGUCAAGGCUAUGAUAAUGGCGCGAACAUGAAAGGGAAAAACAUCGGCGUGCAGAACCUAAUUCUGGAAAAAUACCCAAGAGCAUUUUUUGUACCAUGUUCUUCGAAUCGGUGGGAUAUUAUGAAAAGCCAUAUCACGACAGCUUCCACGUUAGCUCCGAAAAACCUUUGCACAACUCUAUGGUCCAGUCGAAUCGCUGCAAUGAAACCACUUCGGCUGAAUCUUGGCAAAAUAAUCGCUGCAUUGGAUGAAAUUGAGAAUUCAACCGCUUUCAAGGAUAAAGUUCGUUAUGAAGCUAGAGCAAUUAUCGACAAAAUUGAUUAUCCGUUUGUGUGUGCAGUAUGUAUGUGGUACGAUGUUUUAAGUCACGUUAACAUUGCUUCGAAAGCCCUGCAAUCAAUUGAUUCGGAUUUGCAAGCCGCUGUACUUUGUUUGGGUAGUACUAAUUUUUUUUUGGAAGAAUACAGAUCAACUGGACCUGAAAAAGUUUUUAGUGAAGCAACAGAAAUCUGUGAGAGUAUGGAAAUCGAGGUCGUUUUUACAAACAGUCGCAAGCGUGUUGCUGUUGGGCGUGAAAUAAAUUCGGAAGAAAGCUUCCAAAAUGAUUUCAUUGAUGUUGUCUUGAACGUAGCAAUCAAUGCAGUAGAGGAGCGAUUCGUUGCAUUAGAGAAGCACAAUUCAACAUUCUCCUUUCUCUACAAAUUUGACGAUUUUGAUCAAAAUAGAAGAAAUGGAAAUUUGCUCAAGUCGUGCAAACAGCUUCAAGUAACGCUUUCAAAGGGAGAAGAAUGUGAUAUUGAUGUUGACGAAUUGAUUUCAGAGAUGACGGUUGUGGCGGAAUUGGUAAAGCAUCGUCAUUUGGUUAGAGUCAUCGAUAUACUCAACGGGAUCAAGAGCAGCGACCGUUUGAAUGGCUUAGCUACAAUAUCAAUUGAGCAUGAAAUUGCUGAUUCAAUUCAAUAUGAGGAUAUCAUCGACGAAUUUGCCGCUUCCAAAGCCCGGAAAGUUUCCUUUUACUGA